UGUCAUGUGAUCAGCUGUGUCCAAUCACAGCUGAUCACAUCUCGUGAGAGGAGAGCCGGUAAUCAGCAUUCCACAGAGGGGACAUGUGCACUGAUGAUCAGUGUAGCUCCAUCAAUGCCGCCCGUCCGUGCCGCCUAUCAGUGCCAUAUAGGAGUGCUGCCUUUCAGUGCCCAUCAGUGAUGCCUGUCAAUGCCCAUCAGUGCCACCUACUAGUGCCUCCUCAUCAGUGCAGCCUAUCAGUGCCCAUCACUGCAGCCUCAUUA